AUGGGUACUAAUCCGACCACUUAUUUAGCUGCGAGUCCAAAUGGCAUUCUUGCUGCGACUUUUAAUUCAGAAACUUAUGAAAUUAGAAUAUACGACGUUGAAAAAUUAGAACCUUAUGAAAUUAAAGACGCCGAUUUUAACUUAGAAUCUCAAAAAGGAGUUGAAAAAUUAGAACAUCAAGAAAUUAACACCGGCGAUGUUAACUUAAACGAAAUUACAAUCGACUUAAACAAUACCUUUGUACCAAUUCAACUUAACCCACAUUUUAAAACUGAAACACUUGCGAAAGUAUCAUUUUCUUUGGCCAUUUCCAAUUACGACAAAGACGGACACGAAGCAUUCGUAGCUUUAUCACGUUUUUACGAUGAAGAUAUGAAAAAAAGUGACAAUUCAGAUUCAACUAAUGAAAAUAAAGAAAAUCUUUCUAAGAAAGAUAAUCCAUCAGAAACGUUUAUUUAUUCAAAAAAAAAACCAGACGUUCGUAUUGGAACAAAUGUAAAUAAGUGCGGUGGGAUCGUUAAAUUUUUGAAUACUUCGGCAAAUCUUAUUGUCAUGAACGCAUCUGGAAUUUCAAAAGGAUAUAUCAACCAUAAUAAAUCUUUCUAUAUCAAUAAACUUUCUAUAGAGGAAGAAUAUGAAUUUCCAACAACCAUUCAGAUUAAAAUUAAAAAAUUUUUUCAACAAAAGCCUUGUACGGAAUUUUUAAAUAACAUCGUUGAGAAAAAUUAUUUAUUUGUUGAAGACUUUAAAAAUGAAAGACUUGAAAUGUAUAAUUUACAAUCUAUGGAUUUAGAAAUGAAAUUUCAAGAAAUUAAUCUUCCAACAAAAGCAAGUGAAAAUCCUAUGUUUUCUAUUUCAAGACGUAACCAUUUGUUAGCAUAUUGUAAUGAAACAAACUAUAUUACGAUUCAUUUAAUGGAAAAUGGACUUAAGAUUGCGAAGAAAGAAUUUGAUUACUCGGAAAGAAUCCUUUCAUUUUCAUUUAUUGACAAUGAUGAAAGAUUAUUGGUUGUCACUGAGAUAGGACGAAACGUGAUGAUAAAUAUUUGGGACCUUUUCACUUUUAAUAAUGAUAUACGAUCGUUUGUCGACGAAUCAAACAUUUUUAGUUCCUUACAAAUGUCUAUUAACACAAUAGCUUUUUCAUGUGGAAAAAUACUCGCAACUUUAGAUGAAACUAUUCGUUCGGUACUUGUAUUAUCGAAAUUACCGAAUGAUAAACGUAAACCACAAGAUCUUACCCAGAUUUCCAAUAAUCAAAUAAGCAAUAAAAAAGAACCCUGGUCUGACAAUAAGCAACAUUACCAACAUUUUUAUCUUAAUGACGAAGAAUCAGUUGAACUUAUAAUUGGAGAAACAACUAUUCAAGUUUGGAGGACAAUCAACUAUAAAAAAGAACAAGUUUUAAAACAUAUUUGGGUGAUUCCAAGUAGAAAAAUACUUAAUGCAUCUCUGAAAUAUCAUGAUAAAACUUGUGAAUUCUAUUUAGAAAUAAGAUGGAAUGAUUCAAAUGAUGAAACUUAUUAUGAAUUCCAUUUAGAAAGACCGUGGAAUGAUGAUUCAAAUGAUCAAAAGAAAGAAAUGAAAAUUUAUAUUAAUUGCACAAAUGAAACUCAUGUUCUCAAAGACGCAUGUGUUGCUAUGAAGUAUAUUAACGAUCGAAGACACGAGAUUGUAGGGCCUAAUAAUCUAAAAACAUACAACGAUUUGGUUAAAGGCAUCGAAGACCUCAUUAAAAAAUGUAUCGAAGAAAAUCACAAUUUAUGGAGUUUAACUGAAGUACGAUAUGGCAUUAUGGCCAAUAUCAUUCGAUCAAAGAAUUUAUCGUUGUUACAUUGGAUUCUAUUCGAUUAUGAAAAAGAAACGGAAGUUAGUAAUUACUUGCAUAUUCCAAGUCAAUAUAAAUUGGUUACAGAAACAAUAGAUAAGAAUACCAGCACCACUAGUGAUUUGACAAUCGCUAUUAAAUUGACUUUAGGUGGACUUCGUAGGGACAAAGCUAUCGUCGCCAUGCUACUCGAAUACUAUUCAAAUAAUGCGGAAAAAGAUACAGGUUGGAUGUUUACAGUGACAAAGGCUCUUCCUUUGCUUAACAAUCAUCAAUUUAAACCUUAUUUAAAGGAAUUACUUUACAAACCAUGCUUUGGGUCUAAAGAAGAACAUGUAGAUUCAAAAUUUGUGUGCCAAAUAAAAUUAGAAAAAGGAUAUAAAUCGGAAAUUUGUUCAUUAAAUGUGAAACCACGGCUCUUAUUGAAGAAUUGGUCAAUAUUGAAGCGUUGGUCAUUUUGGAAGCAUUGGUCAAUAUGGAAACUUAAGCCAAUUAGUUCAAUAUUUGAGGGAUGGUCAAGUUGGAACAAAUCAAUAUCAAAUGAAAAUGAAAAUAAUGCACAAAUAGCGACGUUACGUUUGGUUCCAUUACCAGAUUUUACAGUCUAUCCAGCAAAUGCAGAUAUUAAAAUCAAUACCAGUAGAUAUAAAAUUCUGUUAGGUUUUAUCUCUCUCAUAUUUAUUCCAAGACGUCAUCAUUAUAAUAGCAAAGAUGAUUUUAGCUCUUUUAUAUCACUUAUAAAAAAUAAUGAUUGUACAGAAUUAGAAAAAUUAUGUGAUAAUCCAGCAAUGGAAGCAUGCAUUGAUUUUAAAUGGAAUGCAGCGAAAAAUUAUUUUUAUCGUCAUCUUUUACUUUUUAUGGCCUUUUCUUUCAUGUUUGCUUUGGUUUCUGGAAUAAUCCCAGAUGUUGAUUCUUCAGACCGAAUGAGAUCUUUAUUCUCAUUAUUAUUUUUUUAUUUAGGAUAUUAUCUUUUAGCGAAGGAAAUGAUACAAUUAUUUCACGAUGGAUGGUGGGGAUAUAAAAGCAUAUAUCAUUUUUUUGAUGUGGUAUCAAUAAUUAUUGCAAUAGCUGCUAUCUAUUCCAUUCUUCAAAUUCGUAUUUUUUUUAAUGAUGAAAGUGUAAAUGUAUCUAAAGUAAUCGUUAUUCUGCAAGCGUUUGCAGUCUUAAUUUUAUGGUUUGAAUUACUAAUAAUGACCGUUGCUUUCGGUCAUGCAAUGCAUAUCAUAUUGAAAGAUCCUAAAAGGAUCGGUUUGGAACCUAGCGGCGAUAGCUUUGUGAUAAACUCUCCGGCGGACGGUAUGACACUUACACAAGAAUUUGAUAUAGAUAAACCUAUCGAUAAUUAUUAUGUAUCAUUUCCAUAUGCUGUUAUGGGAGUUUAUUUUUGGAAUCUUGGAAGAUGGGAUCAAUUAGAGGUUUGGGAUUUCUGGCCAAUUCACGUAUUUAGUAUAGGCGCAAGUAUUUUAUUGGUCAUCAUCAUGCAGAAUUUGUUGAUUGCAUUUAUGACGGGUGUGUAUGAUGUCGCAUGUCAAAAUGGAAAAUUAGCGGUUUUAGGUUAUAGAGUUGGUUUAAUCGCUAAUUACGAAACGUUACAGAAACCAUCUGGUAAUUUUAGAGGGAAUCCGAGGUAUAUUUAUUAUGUUGGAAAUACCGAAUAUCAAGCGAAAUGGCAGGAUAAAGCUGAAGAAUAUAGGAAAUCUCAUAAAUUAUUCUCAUUUGAUGAUAUUUUUACUAGUAGAAUUACGAUUGAAGAAUGUCUUGAGGAUAUAGAAAAUGUGAUGCGAAAUGGUGUAGUUGCAAAGUAUAAAUCUUUAGAAGAGUAUAGAUCUUUAGAUGAUGAUAUUAAAGAAAUGAAGACGAUGCAAAAUGAUAUAGUUGCAAAGUAUGAAUCUUUAGAAAAUUAUAGAUCUUUAGAUGAGGAUAUUAAAGAAAUGAAGACGAUGCAAAUUGAUAUAGCUGCAAAGUAUAAUUCGUUAGAUAAGGAUAUCAAAGAAUUGUUAUCAUUGGUUAAGAGUGCAAGUGUUUCGUGA